UAACCAUCACACUCAGAGAAAAUUGACACUAGCUACCUAGUUCAAUACUAAAAAUAGAGAUAUGGAUUCCAAGAGAUGUUCCACCAUCGCUCUCUUCCUCUCCAUCAACCUUCUCUUCUUUUCCCUAGCAAGUGGUUGCAACACUUGCUCUCAGCCACAUCCCAUCACAAACCCUGGUGCGGGUUCUCCAGCCACAAAGAGCUGCCCUAGGGAUACCUUAAAGUUGGGGGUAUGCGCCAAGUUGCUGAAUGGGGCGGUUGGGGCCGUCGUCGGGAGCCCUCCGGAUACACCUUGCUGUGCUAUCCUUGAGGGGCUUGUGGAUCUUGAAGUUGCUGUGUGCCUUUGCACUGCCAUUAAGGCCAACAUUCUGGGUAUCAACCUCAACAUCCCUAUUUCGUUGAGUUUGCUCCUUGACGGCUGCGCAAAGAAGUUCCCUCCAGGCUUCCAAUGUGCAUAAGCGAGAAAGCAAUUGCCAGUUUGAAAUAUCGAUCUUGAUUUAAGUCUCAUUCGUAUGAUUGAGGCAAAUUAUAUUUGCUAGGUCUCUACUCUUGAACGUUGUUUUACGUGUGCCAAUCUUUCAAUAACUCUUUCAUGCAUUGAGAUCGUAAUUUCCCUAAUUGAUAGCAUGCAGUUUGAAGCUUA